UGCAAUCCCUGCUACUCAGGAGGCUGAGGCAGAAGAAUUGCUUGAACCUGGGAAGUGGAGGUUGCAGUGAGCCAAGAUCGCACCACUGCACUCCAGCCUGGGUAACAGAGUGAGACUCUGUCUCAAAAAAAAAAAAAAGUGGGGUGUGGUUGGAUGCAGUAUCUGUAAUACAAGCAUUUUGGGAGGCUGAGGCAGGAGUAUCGCUUGAGGCCAGGAGUUUGAGACCAGCCUGGGAAACAUAGUGAGACCCCCCUCCCCCCGCAUCUGCCCCCACCCCAUCUCUACAAGAAAUUGAAAAAAAGAUUAGCUGGGUGUGGUAGUGCACAUCUAUAGUCCAGCUACUCUGGAGGCUGAGGCUGGAGGACUGCUUGAGCCCAGGAGGUUGAGGCUGCAGUGAGCUAUGAUCAUACUGUUGUACUCCAGCCUGGGUGACACAGUGAGAUCCUGUCUCAAAAAAAAAAAAAAAAAAAGCCAGGCACAGUGGCUGUAAUCCUAGCACUUUGGGAGGCCAAGGCAGGUGGAUAACUUGAGGCCAGGACCAGCCUGGCCAACAUGGUGAAACCCUGUCUCUACUAAAAAUACAAAAAUCGGCCAGGUGUGGUGGUGCGUGCCUGUAGUCCCAGCUACUUGGGAGGCCGAGGCAGGAAAAUCACUUGAAUUCGGGAGGCAGAGAUUGCAGUGAGCAUUGCAGUGAGCUGAGAUCACGCCACUGCACUCCAGCCUGGGUGACACAGCAAGACUCUGUCUCAGGAGAAAAAAAAAGGGGGGUGGGGGCAGUGCCUAUUCUUUCUCCUUUUCUCCUUUUUGCUGGCUGGAAUAUGGGCAUGAUGGCUGGGAUAGAAGCAGCUGUUCUGUACCAUGAGGCAGCAUGCUCAGGAUGACGGAACGAUAUAGAGUCUAGGUCUCACAUAACCUUGGAGCCUCUGCAUCAACCCUAGAGGGGCUCACUUCAACUUCGUUUACGUGGCAGUGAAUAAACUUUCAUCUUAGUUUAAACCAGUUUUGUCUUGGGGCUACUAUUACAUGCCAUGGAACCUAAUCCCAGUUCAUUACAUAACUACUCACUUCUUUAGUGUUUACUAUGCCAGCCACUAUUCUAAGUGCUCUACAGAUAGUUAUCUUGUUUAACCUAUGUAACAACCCUAUCAGGCGAGAGCUGUAAUUAACUAACACUCCUUUAUAAACAGGAAACUGAGACACAGAGAAGUUAGCUGGCUUGCUCACGGCUGCACCAGUGACUGUUGGAGCUGAAACCUGAACCAGGGUCCUUUGACCCCAGAACCUGUGCCCUGAAUGCUCUCUGGACCUUCUUCUUGGAGUCCUUUUUCCUCCUCUGGUCCCAUCUGAAACUUCUAUCCCAUACUGCAGACCUGUUUUUGAUGAUUCUGCACCUGUAAUCCCAGCUACCCGGGAGGCUGAGGCAGGAGAAUCGCUUGAACUCGGGAGGCGGAGGUUGCAGUGAGCCAAGACUGCACCAUUGCACUCCAGCCUGGGCGACUGAGUGAAACUCCAUCUCAGAAGAAAACAAAAUGACAAAACCCCCAAAAACAAAAGCUCAUGACAAACUGCAAGUUAGCUAAAGUCCUCAUUUAAAGGAGAGCAAAUCUGAGACUCAGAGAAGCUAAGGAACUUGCUCAAGUUCACAUAGCUGGUGAAUGGCAAAGCUGGGAUACAAGCUCAGGUCAACACACACCAAAAACUUGUGAUUUUUUUGGUUGCACCACACUGCCUCUCUCCUGAGGCCUGGGCCAUCUCUGCUGGGGUAGGGGGAGGGAGAAAGGGGGGGUCAGGAGUGUGAGGUUUGUGCUGCCUGCUGCUCUGUGAUGGUAACAACAUAUCUAAGAGGCCUCCAAACAGCCAAGGGCACUGCGGGGACCUCACUCCCCUCCUCCUGUAACUGAGAUGUCAACCUUCUGCCUCAUUCCCUCCCAUCCUGGAAACCUGGCAUUGCAGGGCUCUCGAUGGAGACAGUUGAUUUCGCCCUGCUCCUCCUGAGCCUCCUCCAUCGUGAAGACAUAAACUUGGUGUGUCAGACAGAUAAGUGAGCACUCGCUCACUACCUCCCCUUUCUUCUCUUUCCUCUUCCCUUUUCUCUCUUCUCCUCUCUGCCCUCUCCCUCCCUCCUCUUCAUCCUCCCUAUACCCCCUCUUUCUCCUACCUCUGCCUCCUGUGUGCUCUGAGAUGAAAGGGCCAGUUAAUCUUGCUGCCACUGCUUCCACGAGGCUGGGUAUUCGCUUGUCCACAGGCACAGGCAUCCCUACCAGGGGUCCCUGGAAACCAUGGCUAAUUGGUGAAAGAGCCCAUUGGUUCAUUCUUCCACAGCCUGGAUACUGCAAAAGAGGCUCUCUCAAGCUAAGCCAGGAUUUCCACCCUGAUACACCAAUCACCCGGGAGACCACUGGGUUUACUUGUCACCCAGACCUGUAGUUUCUACCUUAACAUGUGAGCUUGGAGGCUGAGCAUCCCUGCCCCUAAUUACACACACCCCCUCCAGCACAACAAACAGCAGAGUGCCUGAGGGCAUUUGAUUAAUGUGCUGCAGGCUUACAAGUUUAUGCAUAUUAUAUUUAUUCAUUCAACCAAUGUUUACUGAGCAUCUACUACUAUGUGCCAGACACUGUUAGAGGCACUGGGGAUAUAGCAGUGAAUAAAGCAGUCGAAAUCCUACUCUCAUGGAGUUGAGAAUUCAGUGGGGAGAGAGAGACAGUAAACAGACAAACAUAUACCUGUCAAGUGGUGAUAAAUGUUGUUGAAGACAAACCAGAGUAGAUGGGAUGCAGAUUGCAGAGCACAGCAGUUUUAGGUAAAGGGAGAUCCUUCAGGUCUGUUACUCUGGGGGAGUAUGUUACAUACCUGCUUCCUUUAUGCAACUGACAUGUUCCAGAAAAGUUAAAUGUCGAUAUGAUGCGUUUUGUAUAUUAAAUCAUAUUUCAAAUCAAACAUAGUCAAGCCUUGCAAAUUAACAUGCAGCAAAUCUCUGAACCUCAGUUUCCCCAUAAGGAAAAUGGGUUUGAUAAUUCUCACCCCAGCUAGUUUGUGCUGUUGAGAGAUAUUCAUGGGAUGAAAUUUUAAUUUUGUGGAUGUACUUUGUAGCCUGCAAAGCACUUUAUUACAUCAAAGUAAUGUUAUCGUUGUUAAAAUGAAGACAUAGUUAGCAAAGUAAAUUACCACCUCCAAAUAGAAACUCUGUGAUAAUCCAAUUUUCAUGUAUUUAGUUGGCUAAAGUGAAGAUUACACUUGCAUGUUUUCCAAAUCUGGGCAGGCAGGGAUGGCAUCUUUGUAAGCCUUCCGAGGCUUGGGAAGCACUCUGUGGUUAUCCCUGGCUAUGAUCUGCUGUCAGCACUAAAGAGCAUCCUGACCCAAGCCUAGCUUCACCUUGAUCUAUCUGAAAUAAGAGCAUGAGAAUGAAAGAAAACCGCCACCAGCCUUCUUAGGUGCAGCUUCUUGCAUCUUGGAAUAGUCUCCAUCCAAAACAUUUGGGGCAUUAUAGGCCUGACAGACAUGGAGGCGGGGUUACUCACUCAAGGCAGAAGCUGCUAGCUACAUGGAUUUCUCUCCUUGUAAUACAACACUCUGAGGCAAAGUGGAAUAAUUUCCACUUGAAAGGGAAUUCAUUUUAUUCAAAUAACACCACCAAAUAGCAAGACUGAGGGCGCAUAUCUCCAGGAAAGGGCUGGACAGCAAUGAGAUGCUUAGCUGUGUCCCUGCCCCCAUGGGACUGCCUGCAGGUACAGUUAUGGCUUAACUAUAGGAAUCUACAACAAGAACAAUGGAGAGUGUGGUUUAUAAAUUAUUUCUGUCACUGUUUAUGGAGGACGAGAUUAGAGUCAGGGUGGGUGGUGGCAGGUUGCAAGAUCAAUGGCAAAUGUGCCCUCACCAGAUAUUUCUUUUUGAGACAGAGUCUUGAUCUGUCACCCAGGCUGGAGUGCAAUGGCAUGGUCUUGGCUCACAGCAACCUCUGCCUCCUGGGUUCAAGCGAUUCUCCUGUCUCAGCCUCUUGAGUAGCUGAAAUUAUAGGCACCAGCCACCACGCCUGGCUAAUUCUUAUAUUUUUAGUAGAGAUGGGGUUUCCCCAUGUUGGCCAGGAUGGUCUCGAACUCCUGACCUCAGGUGAUCUGCCUGCCUCAGCCUCCCAAAGUGCUGGGAUUACAGGUGUGAGCCACUGCGUCUGGCCCUCACCAGACAUUUCAAAGACCUCGGAAUACAGCUCUUCCUUUCAGAGACAGACCAGUAGCAAUUCAUCGAUCGAGAGACUUUCACUCAGUGUCGACUCUGGGCAAAUCAUCCUAUUAGGAAAUAUGGAAGAAACCCCAAAACAUUUCCAACAUAGGCAAGCAGCUCUCGUUUUAGUUGGAAAGAGAAGAGAGUCCUGUGGAUGAAAAGAGGAGCCCUAAAGAGGAUGUGGGAGAUGCUCAGGUACUUAAAUAACAUGAUCCCAUUUGAUCAUCAUCACCACAAAGUAACAGCAGCAUUCUUAUUCCCAUUAUACGGAUGAGAAUACUGAGAGCAGAGAGGUUAAAUGACUUGCUCAUGGUCACACAGCUGGUAAAUGGCAAUAAAAUGCUCAUUCUUAGUCUGCUUGACUCUCAUAGGGCCAGAAUCCAAGUGAAGUUUUCAUAUUGAUUUUGCCUCCCUAUUGAUUUUGUCAGGGAUAAGCAUAUGUUUUAGAAAAACAAAAUGACAUUUGCCGUGCUUCCCUUCACUCUAUUCCUUAAGGGGAGCUGAGGAACCACUAGCUUUAGAUCUGAAGCUUUAAUGUCCUCUGUUGAUAAACGAUAUUUCUAAAUAAAUAAUCAUCCUUGUCCAUUUGUGUUUCCACGACCAGAUCUCCUUUUCCUGACUGAAUACUCCCUUCCCCCACUAACAUCUUCCCACGUUCGCUUAGCUUCUUUCUCUCUUUCCCUUUCCUCAUACACACAAAUUCAGACACACACCUUCCCACCUCACACCCAUAUGCAAAAUAAAAUUAGAAAUACCACCCGACUCACAAGGUAUUUGGGGAAUGGAGAUCUUCAGUCAGUAUACCCAAACCCAAGCACCCCAGCCAGGCUCCCUCCCUACCAAGCCCAUGUGAGAGGCAGACAGAGCUUGUGAAAAGGGGCCCAGACGGCCACGAUUAUGAGACAAAGCUGCUCUGAAGGGAAAAGGGCCAUGUGUGCCUCCCCGUGUCUGCCCUGUGGCCACUGGAACUCACAGGGCUACCAGCUGCUCACGGCCACCAUGUGGCAUAUACUGUUCCUUCACUUACAUGUCAGAUCCUUUUAGAACGUGAAAAGAUUUCCUGGCCUCUUUUUUAUUUUGAUGUAUGCUGAUAAAUUACAGAGGAAACAGUGUUUGGUUAUUCAAGAAUACAGGCUGAGCUGAUCAGCAUAUGGCCCUUAUUUCAAGGGAUUGCUCUUGUUUUAAUCAGCCAGUUGAGAAAGCAAUAAAUAAUUAUUUAUUUAUUAAGUAUGCCAUCACCCAGAGGAGAGGAACAGGGCAGGUAGCUGAGCCCUGACACCCAGGACAUUGAGGAUGGUGAUGGCACCAAUAUUCCUGCAGUGUUUGAUGCUUUUAAGGCUCUGCUCCCCCCACCCCCCACUAUUUGAUACAUACUGGUGUCACUACCCUCUUGGUGCAUCACAGUGCCCACCUUAGAAUAGCGGAGCCCUGGAAGGGGAAGGAAAUAGAAAGAAGAAGAUGGGGGUGGGGCUCGAAGAAGAAGCUCCAAGUUCAAGCUCUGUGUCUGGAUAAACUCCCAUUGUCUUUCCUUCUCCCAAAUCAGAGCUGCCCGUGGGUCCCAGGGUGAUGCUGGGUUGUGUAGAGGAUGAGCGCAGAAGCAUUAAUGCUAGAACCAGGUUCAAGUCCAGGCUCUGUCACUUAGUGGCUGUGUGACCUUAGACAUGCGACUUAGCUUCUCUGAGCUUCAACCUCCUCAUCCCCAGAAUGGGGCUCAGCCAGCUUCACAGAUCAGGCUGAGAGGAUUAAGGGAGCGUCUUAUGCUAAAGGCUUAGCACAGUGCCUGCUACCUAGUAGGGGCCCGAUAAGUAGUGUCUCUAAUUAUGAUCUAAUCAAGCAAUGCUUGCCCUGGGCAGGCCCUGUUUAAGGGUUUUACAUAGAUUGUCACUUAACCCUCACAUUUCUAUUUUACAGAUGAGGAAACUGGAAUCUAAGAUCACACUGGAAUUUACAGACGAAGAAACUGGAAUCUGAGAUCUCACAGUAGUGAAUGGUGAAUAUUCAAACCCAGGUAGACAGGCUCCAGAGUCCCAACUCCCAACCCUCUGUACAUAGCCCUUCCGAGGAGAUGAUGCUGAUCUUCAUGGGUGUUGCCCUGGCAAGCUGACCUCUCAAACCCCCAGGGUUCCUUCAGUCCGAGUGGAGAGCAGGGAAGGUCGUGGGACAUAGCCCAGAGGGAAGGGCAGGAUGAUGGCUGGAGAAUCCACAUCAGGGCUGAAUCCCAAUCUCCCAGCUGGAACGGGCAGCUGAAACCAGGCAGGGCGCCCCAGCCCGCUCAAGGGGAAUCGAGAGGGGAGGAGGGGGCAAGUCCACGAUGCUGAGACUGGCGGCCAGAGCACCGCCCCCAGGAGCGGAGGGAGGGGUGGCGGGGCUGGGGGGUGCCCAGCUGCCAUCCCCGCCGCUUCCUGGCCCCUACUCGCUGGCGCCCAAGUGGGAAGCCAGCAGCUGCCCGCUCCCUCCUCCCCACAUCCCCGCUACCUGCCCAGUUCCCGAAGCGAAGCGCAGGCUGCGAGCCAGCCGGGCCGAGCCCACAACUUUGCAGCCUCGGGCAGGGCGAGAGCCGGCGUCCGGGGCUCCUCUUGUCGGCGACCAGAGCUCGGAAUGUAAUCGAGGAUGCUGGCCCUGCGGCUGCUCAACGUGGUGGCCCCCGCCUACUUCUUGUGCAUCUCCCUGGUGACCUUCGUGCUGCAGCUCUUCCUCUUCCUGCCCAGCAUGCGCGAGGACCCCGCGGCCGCCCGGCUUUUCUCGCCCGCCUUGCUCCACGGGGCGCUCUUCCUAUUCCUCUCGGCCAACGCCCUGGGCAAUUACGUCCUUGUCAUCCAGAACUCCCCAGACGACCUGGGGGCCUGCCAGGGGGCCUCGGCCAGGAAGACUCCAUGCCUCUCACCUAGCACCCACUUCUGCCGAGUGUGCGCCAGAGUCACCCUGAGGCACGACCAUCACUGUUUCUUCACCGGCAACUGCAUCGGCAGCAGGAACAUGCGCAACUUCGUCCUGUUCUGCCUCUACACCUCCCUGGCCUGCCUCUACUCCAUGGUGGCCGGCGUGGCCUACAUCUCCGCUGUCCUUUCCAUCUCCUUCGCCCACCCCUUGGCCUUCCUCACGCUCCUGCCCACCUCCAUCAGCCAGUUCUUCUCCGGAGCUGUCCUGGGUUCUGAAAUGUUCGUCAUCCUCAUGCUCUACCUCUGGUUCGCCAUUGGCCUGGCCUGCGCCGGCUUCUGCUGCCACCAGCUGCUGUUGAUCCUCCGUGGGCAGACCCGCCACCAGGUGCGGAAGGGGGUGGCAGUGAGGGCCCGGCCCUGGCGCAAGAACUUACAAGAGGUCUUCGGAAAGAGGUGGCUGCUGGGCCUGCUGGUCCCCAUGUUCAAUGUCGGAAGUGAGAGCUCCAAGCAGCAGGAUAAGUAGUAGACACUCCCGUCAUUUAUCUCUCUGUCUCUGUCUUGACUCCUCAUGAGCAUAAAACCAUGGCAGCCUUGUCUCCACCCAUGACUCACUACAACCUUGUGCUAGUAAGGUCCUAGCAUCUUCCCCUCGCCUUCCACCCAUGAGAACAGCAUGGGCUGGUGGAUCAUGACAAGGAGGAAAAAUGUCCCCCCAGGCAUUUCUAGGCUCCUCACGAGCCAGCCAGGUGGCUGCUAGCCGUUAGGCUGCCUCUGCUUUCCUUCCGUCCCCUUGGGAUCCCUCCUUUCCCCCUCUUCCUGGUUCAUCCAUUCUCCACUAUGUCUCAUUCAUCACUGCUGUCUGCUAGAGCCCUUCCUCUCAGCCUCCACGUUGAGAGAGGGGAGUGGAUUCUUGCUGCUGGUAUGAGACUCCCUGGGACCUAGAGGCUGGCAAAUGUUUAAAAUCACCAUGUGUAAGAGCCAGCCAAGUCAGCUCUGCCAACUGCUAGGGGAGUUGGGAAAGAAUGGGCGUGUGUCGGCAUCCCCUCUGUAGGAAAAAGAACUCAGUAGCUUGCUGCUCCCUCAGCCCCCCACCUGUUUCAAGACCCUUUCUCUGGGAGACAGCAAUCAAUGGCCUGCUUUUUCCAAAUGUUAUUCCCUGUCCACCCUGCCCCAACUGGCCGGCCAAGCCCAGUCCAGGACGUGGCUGGAUGCUUCCUCUCCCUGGAACUCUUCCAGCCUUUCUACUUGAUCUCCAGCCCCCAGGUCUUUGCCAGAUGAUGGGAAGGCAAGGAAGAAGGGACAGGGAAAGAUGAUUACUGAUAAAUGAAGGGGGUAUUCAACUGUGUAACCAUAUGGAAGUGUGUGUGUGUGUGUGUGUGUGUGAGAGAGAGAGACAGAGAGAGAGAGAGAGACAGAGAGAGAGAGACAGAGAGACAGAGAGAGAGAGAGAGAGAGAUGGGUGGUGGUGAGAAGUGUUGUUAGAAACAUACAGGAAUAAUGCCUAGGGGGAAGGGAGAAGUGAGAGGGACAAUUGGGUUCAUUUAUGCCCUAUACAAAGGGCAUUCCAACAGCUGAAACUGUUCAAUGUUUGAAUGGCUGCCUGUGAAGGUAGUGAGUGCCCCAUCACUGGAGGUAUUCCAGCAGAGUCUAGGCAGUCGUCUGCCAGGCAUACUGUGGAAGGGAUUUCUGUACAGGGUCAUUCUAGGUGAGCUUACACAUUCCUUCCAACCCCAAGGUCUGGUGACCUGAUUGUGAUUGCUGGACCCAGAGGCAAGAUCCACGGAGAUUCCUGUGAGAUAUUUGCUUUCCUAGAUGGGUGUGUGGGCAGGGGAGGGGUCUGAAAAUCAGGACCCAACCCUGCCACUGAAGAGAGAGUCUCUGCAGAGACAGGGCUACCUGGGUGGUUGAGGGGACUGGCAUUUGAGGACAGGGAGAUGGAACAGUGUCAUUGUUGGUGGCAGGGUGUGGGGGGCAGAGGUGAGUUAAGGCUGAGGAGUGGAGAUGACCAGAAUAUAAGGGUGCAAUUCCCAGACCAUCCCUGUGCAUCUGACUGACUCUGGUGGAGGCACUGCUGUGUGUUUUCUGAAACCCAGAGGACCAGACCCCAGGGGCAUAUAAGGGAGUAGGGACAACACAAGUGCCCCCUCCUGACUGGGUCCCAAAGCCAAUAUGACAUCCAUGCAGGCAGCAGUGCUGAAUCCAUGCCCUGCAAUGUCCAACCGCCGACCACAGCGACCUGCUGAUAGCUGCACAACAGCCUGGGUUCUUGAGCAGAGAUUGGGAGGACUUUACCGUGGUUCUGCCUUCAUGCCCCCUAGAGAGCUAAUGUAGUAUUGGCUCCACCUGCUCAUAUUUCUCCCUCCCAUACUCAUUCGUUCAUUCAUCCAUCCUACGUAUAUUUACUGAGUGCCAACUACGUUCCCAGCCUCUUCCAGGCACUGGCAAUGCAGUGGUGAACAGGAUGACAAGAUUCACUCCAUCAGGGGCACCUCGUCACUGCCAUCUGCACUGAUUCACACCCCCUGAAAAAUGGUCACUCCACCAUCUUGGUGGUUGGUGGGGCAGGUCAUUUGGAAAUAAAGAAUGUGAUAGAGAUGGCUGAAGGGGGGAAGCCUAGGCUGCCUCAAUGGAGGAGUAACCGGGGGCAUCUUCAUCCCCCAAUUCUGGCCAUACUUAAGCAAUGGGAGGGAGAGGGAGGAGGGGAAGGUCUGGGCAAUUUUGGCCUUGACUCUUUCCUGACCCCAGAGCUCAAGCUUAGAAGCCAGCCCUGCCAUUUCCAGCCUCCUGAAGGCUCAGCACGGUGAGGCCUGACAUCCUGGGGAAGGGCAACAGGGAUGUUGGCUGCUUGCAGACUGGUCAAUGGGGGAUGACGGUGGGGAGGUUGCCAGACGUGAGACUUGAGUAGCAUUUGUACACAUGGCCCUGUAUUGUCCUUGAAGAACAUCAAUAAAAUAUAUGGUUUUAAA